AUCACCGAUGCAAGUAGGUUUGAAAGUGACACAACCUCUGCAAAUCUUGAUUAUGUCCUCUCUCUCACACAGAACUAGGUUUCAAGUAAACAAGAUUAUGUUAUCUCUGAAAGACUGAAAGGGGUACCUCUUUCUCAUGUUCAAGACCUAACAUGAUUAACUCAUCUGUCUGUCAUUUAUUAGGAUAAUCAUGCACACUGUUUGUUGCUAUAAAGCUCCUCAACACACACAUGGUGUUUUUGGGUUAUUAGCCCCGUGGGUCAAGUGUUUGAGUAUAUGCCCGACCCGAAUAAUUGUCGGGUCAUUUUGCGGCGCGGUGACAUGAAUGCUGCGUAGACAUGAUGAUGCUUGGAGGGAUUUGAUUUCGUGCCUUGUUCCGCUUUUCGGGUUUAUGAAGGCGCCUGAAUCUUUGCAGGAUACUAAUAAGGAUAGUGUUGUUUAAGAUUCAUUGGUAUAAUAAUGGAAUCAAGUCAGCUAUUUGGAGAGGCUAUGCCAACAUGUCAUGACGAGGUUCAGAUUUUGGACACUCAAAUUAAGUUAUUAAUGCAAGGAUGGUGAUUGAAAUAAGGAUUAUCAUUGCAAGGGGAUGUUGCAUUCAAGCGUACUCCAAGGUCUUAUUCAUUUGCGCUAAUUCGGAUAAUAGGGAAUCACAUCGAAUGAUCUUGUGCGUAUCAUAGUUGUGCAGAGCUUGGAGUAUUUAUCCUUUGUGCAGUUCUCGGGAAAGAAAUUUAUUUCCAUUUCUUGUGAAGCUAGAUGUUAUUUUUCUUGGUAUGUCUAAGCUCCUCCGAUCCUUUUUCAUUAUUAGUACUUUGUAUCUGUGCAAGUUUACUUUUGUCCUCUUUCUUUUCUCUCAGUGACACUCUAGUUUCUUGAGGUACUAAUAUUGAUCUCUCUUUUCUUCCACGUCAACUUUUCUUCAAUGUGAACUUCGUGCUCUGUAUAUAUGUUCUUCAAGUACACAAGUUAAUGCUCUUUAACAAAAACAAAUUAUAUUUCCAAUAUUUAUAGAUUUUUGGUAACAUGGCAACUCCAGUUGGGCGUGUUGGGCCUAUCUUAUUUUUAUAAUGUAAGUUACUUAUUUUCAAAAAAAGUACGUACGUGUGUACUAUUUCUCUUAAAAUAAGUACUUAUAUUGGAGAAUACGUGGUGAAGGAGACUACAAACAAGAUGGGUAGCACUUUUUUCUUUUUAACGUAGGAACUCGCAGCCGCUACCCUUCGGGUGCGCACUGGGUAAACCCACGAGCUCACGCAAUAGCCUGCAAACUACGUGAACCAAGGUAAACCGCACUUAAGCGACAGGCUCUGAUCCAGGAGGCAUAAUCACAAACUCUCCUCCCUUUGGGAGUCGAACCUGUGACCAAGGGGGUACAAGUCCCCUCUUUAACCAGCUGAACCAAUCCUUGCGGGCCAAGAUGGGUAGUACUUUUGUGGCUAGUUAAGAAUGAGAAAAGUGAAGCAUCAAUGUCGAAGGAAAAUAGAGGUUACAAAUGAAGAUGAGCAUCUAUUUUGUGGCAAUCGCUUAGUGGAAUUUGCAAAUAAGUGGGUGAAUUGCGAAUUCAAGGAUUAUUGAAACAAUUGACUUUUGAAGAUGAGAGAAUUGAUACAGAAAAAUGAGUCAGUUGAAUCUUGGUUGACAUCAGAUUUUAGCAAAGAUCAGCUCCAGAAGUUUUGGACCGGGUUGUCUCAACAUGCUCGUCAGGAGCUUUUGAGAGUAGAUAAACAAACCUUCUUGGAUCAAGUUCAUAAAAACAUGUUCUGUUCUAGAUGCCAUGGCUUUUUGGUUGAAAAGUUUUCCCAGAUUGCAAACAGGAAGUCUGAAAAUGUUGGGAACUCUGAUGUGGCUGGUUGCCAAUGUGCUCAUCAAGAUUCAUGUGCUGAUAAACAAACCUUCUUGGAUCAAGUUCAUAAAAACAUGUUCUGUUCUAGAUGCCAUGGCUUUUUGGGUGAAAAGUUUUCCCAGAUUGCAAUGUACAGGAAGUCUGAAAAUGUUGGUAACUCUGAUGUGGCUGGUUGCCAAUGUGCUCAUGAAGAUCCAUAUGCUGACCGAUGGGGAUGCCUCACCAUAACAAGAGAUGGUGCACUUACCCUUUUGGAUAGCUACUGGUUGUCGACGUCAUUAAAAGGAAUCAAAGAUGUUUUUGACUAUUCCCGUAAAAGAGAAAGGGAGCGCAAGUUGAUUUUCCCUUAUCAUUCCUGUGGUGUGGGUGGACGUUGGUGGAAAGGACCAGCAACAAGGGAAGCCUGUGCAGUGCAUACCGUCCGGACCUCUCUUGAUCAAUUAAUUGUGUUUUGGUCAUACCAAAAAGAAGAAGCUCGACAGUCUCUUUUUAGGAUGAAGGAAGAGGAUUUUGUUGAACAUCUAUUAUUCAGGUUGGACAACAAUAAGUUUUGUAGAGAAUGCAAAAAGAAUGUUCAUCGGGAGUUCAAGAAAAUAAAGGAACUGACAAGCUUACGAAAAGAAUCUAGCAUUCAAUUUGAGAUAUCCCAUGACACUGUUAAAGCUGAUUGGAGCCGUGAAUUCAUAGACACCGAAGGGUGUUACCAUCACUUUGAAUGGGGAAUUGGUACUGAGGAAGGAAAAUCCGACAUUUUGGUGUUCAAAAAUGUUGGAUUAACUAAAACAGCUCAAGUAAAAGGGUUAGAUCUCAGUGGUUUGGAUGCAUGCUAUAUCACUGUAAGGGCAUGGAAAAUAGAUGAAGACUGUACAGAAUUAUCUAUUAAAGCUCAUACAUUAGAGGGGCGAGAGUCUGUUUAUUGCCAAUUAGUGGUUGGUGAUGGUUUUGUCACUGUUACGGAAGGAGAAAGCAUACGAAAGUUUUUUAAACGCGCUGAUGAGGUUGUGAAAGAGGAUAAUAAUUUGGUGGACGAAAAUGGAAAUAGGCUGGAUGGAGGAUGUUCACGUCCCCAAGGACAUCCCAAGAGUCCUGAAGCUGCACGGAAAUUUCUUCUAGAUGCUGCUACAGUUUUUUUCACGGAACAAGUUAAAAAGGCUUUCCAGGAAUCGCUGGCGCGUGAGAAUGCCCAUAGUGUUUUCAUUUCCCUUGCACUAAAAAUGCUUGAAGAAUGUGUUCAUGUUGCUUUCAAGGAAAGGAAUACAUUGGAAAAUCAGGUAAAACUUCUUGAAGAAGAAGAGAAGGAAGGCGAGCGAAAAUCAAGGAGAAAAAAUAAAGAAAGAGAAAAGAAGCUUCGAAGAAAAGAGAGAAAGGAGAAUGAAAAGAACAGAGAAAGUUUUGCUCUAACCAAGCAACAGUUAGCACCUGUGGUUAAUAUUGAAGAAUCAACAAUAGUCGCUGUGGAGCCUGAUGCCGUCGAAACAGGUAAAAUUAUGUCAUCCAGACCUGUAUCCCCACAUAUCCAGAAUGAGCAUGGAAAAGAUGUGUACAUGAGAAAGAAUAUGUGUAACUCAUCUGAUGUCAGUUCUGAGAAGUUUGCCAGAAGUAACGAUAAGAGCGGUUCAUCUGCUUCCGAUCAAUUAAAGUAUUAUGGAUGGAAACUGAAUAAUCACUGUCAACAGGAUGCAACUUCAAAGUGCUCUACUAAUAAGCAAUCUGCAGUUGUUCCCGGCAAUGGGGUUAUGUUUAACAAAUCUGAUUAUCAUUAUGAUCGUUUUGAUACUUCUUCAAGGACUACCAGUGAACAGAAUAAGCAUUCUAAAAGUACAAAAUCAGUUAUUAGAGCUGGGGAUAUGUCCAAACCAUCUUCCUUUGGAAAUAAGUUCACUCUAGGAGAUUACAUGCAUAAUAGUCGUGGUAGACCGCAACUUAAUUUUGUUGCAGAGAAUAUUCCUACCAGCAGAGAUUCACCUCGAAUUGAGGAAGUCGGGGAAACCACAAAGUUGCAGACGAAGCAUAUCCGAACUUGCUCUGAAUCUGCUGCUGAUAGUACAUUGAGUGCUGAUGCUAUGAAACCCUGUAAACCUCUUGACAAUUUAGGUGCAGGUGGUCAGGUGGCUGUACGCAUCAAAGACAAAGAUGAUGUGAAGAGAGAAUCUAGAUCAUCUAAACCAGGAAUGGGAAAUAAGGGCCACAGUGGAUUCUAUGUCAAAAAAGAAACCUCUCAGUACUCAACUGGAGCGGUGGAUGUGUGUAGUUUUUCAGCUAGGACCAGAAACCCUUCUAUAAAAAACAAAUUCGGUUCUAACAGUUGCUCAUCAUGCCUUAGCGAGAGCAACAACAGCGGGCCAUCUUCAAACACCCUGCUUAGGAAGCCAUUAUCAACUUCAGAGUCACAGCACUCCAGUGAACAAUCAGUCAGAGGAGAAGUCUCGCAGCACCAACAGGGUUCGGUUCGUAAAUCUAAAAUUGUGAUGGAUCAAAAACAGAUAGCAGGUGGAGGUGAGUCUAUCAGAAGCUGCUGGUUGGACAAGAAAAAAAAUCACACCCCAGCAAAAGUAUCACAAGAAGAUGGCAUUGCAAACCCUGAUUUCUCAGAAGCAGAAAACAAGGGUUUUUCAUUCUUCCAUUUCAGGGGUCCAGUGGCUCUUGCUGAUCCAUAUAGAUCAGAUUCUCUACCAUCAGAGGAUGUUGUUGGAGAUCGCAAUAAGGGAGUUUCCUUUGAAGAAUACAAACUGUUUGCUUCUACUAGGGGGGUAACAUUUUCUAUCUUGGGCUGCUGAUACUUCAGUCUGGUUUCUUUCGCGUCUAAGCGAUGAAAGUUUGAUUUGUAUUGCCAGAUACAAUAAGCUCCCUAUUAGGGAAAACUCUGUCAAUCUAUCAUCCUGCUCGAUUGCUUUUUGGAUUUCUUUGUCUAUCUUCCUUGUAUGUGCAGACUAAGUUUUGAAUGUGAACUUUUCUUUUGCAUUCUAUAUGAAGUAAUUUCUUUUUCCAUUUA